AUGGGUGAUUUUCUGGAGCGUACGCGUGUUGGACGACCAAUUUGCGAGACAAGCAUUAAUAGGACGGAAACAAUGGUAAAGGAGUCACCCUUCACAAAUGGAAAAAUGAUAACUCCAAACACUACGACCGCCCCAACGAGCCUUCCACUUAACACAUAUGAAAAUUUACAGCCACCUCCGAAACCGUCUUUUAACCACUCUGGCCGAAUUGGGCUUUUAGAACUCAAUGAGCAGAUCCCAGCGCCACCAAAACCCAGUCUGGGUGAUCCCCAGUUUAACAAAAUUGAUACAUUGAUUUAUUCAACUCUGAGGGAAUUUAGGCCAAAGACACAGGAGAUCUCAUCUAUCUCCCCUGCAGUGGAUGAAAAGCUGCGAACAGAAAAGUCUGCGGGAAGCGGAAGAUUCACAGUAACUCCGGUGCCCUCAGAAAAUUGUCCAAGCCCUAACACACUUGUGGAAAAUAUCUCUUCUCAAGGCUCCAAUGAUGAUGAUGAUGAUGAUGAUGAUGAUAAUGCCUUUAAACUUGAUCCGACGAAAUUUAUAACAGUUCCGGAGGAUCUGAUCAAUUUAGACCGGAAAAGCAUUGUCAGAGCACGGUUUCGCAAAGCUGUAGUGUAUGCUAAACAUGCUCUGGGCUUUAUUAUAUCGCACAUAGGAUUAUCCCUUAUGGUGGUUGGUUAUACGAUUCUCGGUGCUUUAGUAUUUUGUGCAGUUGAAAGAGAAAAAGAGCGUCAGGUGAAAACACAGAUGCUGGUUCGCUUCAACAAUACACUUAAGGAGCUGAUGGACCUCUGGGUUAGUAGUUUUUUUGAUCUACGAAGUAAACUUGACAUAAUCCAUCAUCUCGCAACAACCAAUCAGACAUUGACAUCUCAGCAGCAAACUAAACCAGGCCUAGAAGGCCUCGAGUGGUACCUCCAUGGACUGGAACUAUCCAAGGGCGUGAUUCCGAAACACUGGAUAGAGGACUUAGUGUCCGAAAACUCUUCCAUGACAUUUCGAAAUAUUCUGAAUUCCACUAUCGCAUCCGCAUUUCCCCUUAACGGUACAUCCUCUCUCUCCCAUGCCAACAAUUUCUCCACUGUUCAUAGUCGUAACACCAGCCCACCUCACAUUGCAAACAUCACAUUCCUGGCUGAAAACGUCAAAGCGAACGUCACACGCAUCGUUGCAACUUAUGUGAAUCAAGUGGUUCAUGCCAUAAAGGAUGAGGGCUGGAAUGGCGCUUCCAACCUAGAUGACAUCAACUGGACUUUUGAGGGUGGAGUACUCUUCGCAAUCACAGUGAUUACUACAAUCGGUGAGUAA